UCACAUCGACAGUUCUUAUCAGUAUUGUCGGUACUUUCACAGCCGCGGGGUAUAUUUCGAAUCCGUUUACUUUCCUCGCGAAUUACCAUGGAGCCCAAGAUUACUCUGCGUAAAGACCCAGCAUUCCAAAAGCUACAAGAGCAUUACAAUGCUAACGGAGAGAAGCUUAACAUUCCGCAAUUGUUUCAACAAGAUGCCGGUAGAUUUAAUAAGUUCAGCCUUCGCGUCCCAACACCCAAUGACGGUGAGAUCCUACUGGACUACUCCAAGAACCGCAUAGAUGACGCUACCUUCACAAUGCUGCUUGACCUGGCCAAGAGCCGUGGAGUGGAGAAGGCUAGAGAUGCUAUGUUCAGUGGCGAGAAGAUCAACUUCACCGAAGACCGGGCCGUGCUUCACAUAGCGCUCCGCAACAGACAGAACAGGCCCAUCCUGGUGAACGGCAAGGACGUGACUCCCGAUGUCAACGCCGUGCUCGCGCAUAUGAAGGAGUUCUCUAACGAAGUCAUCAGCGGCCAGUGGAAGGGAUACACAGGCAAGGAGAUUACUGACGUCAUCAACAUCGGCAUCGGCGGCUCCGACCUCGGUCCCCUAAUGGUGACAGAGGCACUCAAACCUUAUGCCACUCGUCUCAAGGUCCACUUCGUGUCCAACAUAGACGGGACCCACCUGGCCGAGGUCCUCAAGCGACUGAACCCUGAGACGGCGCUGUUCAUCAUCGCUUCUAAGACCUUCACUACCCAGGAGACAAUCACCAACGCUACUUCAGCCAAGAACUGGUUCCUGGAGAAUGCUAAGGACCCGGCAGCAGUAGCGAAGCACUUCGUGGCUCUGUCGACCAACGGCGAGAAGGUGACCGCGUUCGGAAUCGACCCCAAGAACAUGUUCGGAUUUUGGGACUGGGUUGGAGGCAGGUACUCGCUGUGGUCGGCCAUCGGUCUGUCCAUCUCUCUGUACGUGGGCUACGACAACUUCGAGAAGCUUCUGGAAGGCGCUAGCUUCAUGGACCACCACUUCACCACGGCGCCGCUUGAGAAGAAUGCGCCAGUGAUCCUGGCUUUGCUGGGCCUAUGGUAUUCCAACUUCUACGGGGCGGAGACUCACGCACUUCUGCCCUACGAUCAGUAUCUGCACAGAUUCGCAGCGUACUUCCAGCAAGGCGACAUGGAGAGCAACGGGAAAUACGUCACGCGUUCUGGGGAACAAGUGGACUACUCUACUGGACCCAUCGUAUGGGGAGAACCCGGCACAAACGGGCAGCACGCCUUCUACCAGCUCAUACACCAGGGCACGAGGCUGAUCCCGUGCGACUUCAUCGCGCCAGCGCAAACACACAACCCGAUAUCGGGCGGCGUUCACCACAAGAUCCUGCUCGCUAACUUCUUGGCUCAGACUGAAGCGCUUAUGAAGGGGAAGAGCUCCGAGGAGGCUAAAGCCGAGCUGGAGAAGUCUGGCAUGGCUCCGGAGGCUGUGGCCAAGAUCCUACCGCACAAGGUGUUCAAGGGCAACCGGCCCACCAACUCGAUCGUCGUCAAGAAGGUCACGCCCUUCACACUUGGCGCUAUGAUUGCAAUGUACGAGCACAAGAUCUUCACCCAAGGCAUCAUCUGGGACAUCAACUCCUUCGACCAAUGGGGCGUGGAGCUUGGCAAGCAGUUAGCCAAGGCCAUCGAGCCCGAACUCCAGGAUGCGAGCCCAGUCAGCUCCCACGACGCGUCUACCAACGGGCUGAUCAACUUCCUUAAGGCUAACUUCUAAAUUGUAGAGUGGGCGGGUCCAAGGGAAAUGUAACUAUUUCGUAAGAUGUUUCAACCUUAUUACGUUGUCUAAGGGCCCUUUUUAAAUCAAAUCAUUUAAUAAUUCAUAAACAUAGGUAUAAAAGGGUGAUAAUUAUGAAAUUAACACUUUCCCAUGGAAAUCCAUGGUCUGUCCUGUGAAUAUACAAAUGUGUUUGAAAUUCGAAUUACAAAUUCGAACGGAUCGGUUUUUUGCGGGACGCAAGAGUGAAAAAAGAGAAACGAAAUGGGGGGAGGACAAGAAUGUCAGGUGUCAGUCAAAAUGACAAGAGAAUAGUAAAUGAUGAUACGGUUUGGAAAACAACUAGGGUGUGAUCCGUGUGAUCCAAGAACUACAGUCAUUUUCUGAUUAUGAAAACGUACAAGAAUGGCAUGAUUGUUAUUGUUCAUAAUUGACUGGUUUACGAACAAAAAUCUCAUGAAAGACGUGUCACAAAGAAAGUACCCUGGACCCGCCAUGUAAAGCUUGAAAUGACAACGUUAGCCCAAACAUAUUAAAAUUUAUGAUAAAUAUUUAAAACAUUAAAAUGUUAUGCUUUAUGAAAUUUAUACAAACAUUUUAAUAGCAAUACCGAACUCAGUGAAACAAAAUGUUAAAAAAGUAACAAAAAUAUUGAAGCCGUUUUAAGAUGUUGGAAACUUUUAUAUAUUUUAUAAAGAUAUAUAAAAUCAAUUAUAUAAUCUCUGCAAUUUUUGAUGUUAAUCUUAUGCGAGUAGGUUUUAUUAUGUGUUGUCUGCUAUAUAUUUAGCACUGGCAUUAAAAACUUAAUUUAUUUGUAAGUGUAAAAGUGAAUCACAAAUAUAAAUGGAUAUGGGAAAAGUAAUAUUAUAUUUAUAGUUGAACAAGAAUCAUGAUAUUACUUUAUAGUUGUUAUUAUCGCUUUAUUACGAGAUCUUUUAAAGAUAUUUGUGUGUGAGAUUUCAUACAAAAUCGGAUUUUUACUCGAAUUUGUAUGAAAUCUCAUACUUAAAAUUAUAGGGCUGCUUUUAAAUGUCUACUAUCCCAAUUUUUUAGCAUAUUAGCCCAUUUUAUGUGUAUGUGUGCUUAAUACUUAUGUAUGCGUUGGUUAUGUAGUAUGAGAAAGUUUGUUUUCUAGGAUGUUGUAUUUAGAGUAAUAUAUUAAUUUUAUGUUUUACGAAAA